AUGGUUGCCAGAGAUUUGGAAGUGUACGAUGGUGUGCACUGUCUAGCCGAUAUGGGCACAGAGCAUUAUUCGAUGCUGAAAAUGAUGUCCCAGGCAGCUACUCCAUGGGCAGAUAUGGCAGAGUACGGCAAGUACGUCACCUAUCUGCUGGCCGGACUCGUGUUUGCGGGCACAAUAAAACACUAUGUUUUUUCCAAUUACGACGUGGACCGUGUGAGAGGUGGACCUGCACGUGUCAUGGAGAAAUUGACCGCCUACAGCCGAUUCAUUGUCUAUCGUCAGCUACCCUCCAAGAUCUGCCACCUUUUCGGUCUGCCGUCCUCUGUGGGCAGUUUAUUGUUGAUCGGUGUCGUCACCCUUUACAGCUUGCUCUGGUGCUUUGUUCCCCACCCUUACUACCGCGCCUGUUUGGGUUUUGGCUCGCCACCGCUGGGAGUUCGUGCUGGCUUUGUGUCGCUGGCCUUUGUCCCAUUUAUAUUUAUAAUGUCGGGAAAAACCAACGUCGUCGGCUCUCUGACAGGCAUUUCGCACGAAAAGCUCAACAAGUACCAUCAGACUGCAUCCAUCUUGUGCUUGUUCUUUGGUUGGGUCCACACCAUUCCUUUCUACUUGCAAAAUACUAAGGAGGGCGGAACGGCCAGAUUGCACGAGAAAAUGUACUCGACGCCAAUCUAUGUGUCAGGAAUUCCCCCAAUCAUCUUUUUGACACUACUAUGGGUGGGCUCGCUCCAAAUCGUGCGGCGGUUCUGGUACGAGGCGUUUGUGUCGUUGCACUGGGUGCUUGCGAUCGGGUUCUACAUCAGCUUGUUUUACCAUGUUUAUGGCCUGCUCAACGCCGACAAGUACAUGGUGGCCACCAUUGUGAUUUGGUGCGCUCAGCUGCUGUACAGAUGGUUCGUCAAGGGCUACUUGAGACCGUCCAGAUUUAUGAGAAGUGCCGCAGCCAGAGCUCGCAGAAUCGGCACAGCCGACCAAAAAUGCAUGGAGGUUCUUGUUGAUACCCCUAUCAAGUGUAUACCUGGCCAGCAUAUUUUCCUGAGAACGCUGGAUAGAAAAGUUGCAGAACUGCAUCCGUUCUCUGCAAUUCCUUCUCCCAAUGGUAUCAAACUGAUCAUCCGCGCCUACGAUGGGUUCACCAAACACCUUUACGAGUCUCUGGAAUCUCCACGUGACCUCAGUGUGCUAGUGGACGGACCUUAUGGCGGUGUUGCGCGAGACGUGCGCAGCUUCUCGAAUAUUUAUAUGCUGUGCUCCGGAUCCGGUAUCACGUCGUGUCUGCCAUUUAUCAUGGCUUAUGCAAAGUUGAUCGGCAUGCCGGCUGUGCCGUUACAGAAGAUCCGACUGGACUGGACUGUGAGACACGCUGACGACGUGUGUUGGAUCGAACAGGAGCUGGAUUUCAUCAAGGAGGAGUAUGGGGCUUUGCUGAAGAGUGGCGCUGUAGAUAUCCACAUUUACUGCUGUUCGGGUGAGAACGAGAAAUUGGCCAUUUCCAGCUUCGAAUACCACAACUACAAGCCUGUGGUGGCCGAUAUCGUGAAGUCUUUCCAGCUUGGUAGCACCAACUGUAUUAUCUGUUCUGGGUCGAAAAGUUUGAAGAACCAAGUUGGAAAUGCGGCUGCCAGACUGCAGUCCCAAGUGGGCAACGUCCGCGAGGUGUAUCUCCACACCGAGGAAUUCAGUUUCUGA